UGGAAUACAACCGCAGCUAGUUUUAGUCAUGAUUCACUUUUUUCUCAGCCAAUACUCAACCAAUACCUCGUAUAACAUAAACACAUCAAUAUAAAAAAAUUCAACAAAACCUAUACAUGUUCGUUACAGGGCAUUCGCUUAUUACUCAGAUAUGCAUGACGUUGACAGUCUGUGUAAGAGCAUGGUGAUGAAAUUACAAUUCGUCUCUAAGUUUCAAAAUCUCUGUUUUCAAAACUGUUUGGAAAAUGUCAUCAUGAUAAAUCAUGACAUCUCAUUUCUUCUCAGCCCUGAGAUAUUUCAGGUGACACAGAAAGAUGCUUUGAGUAUCAGAAUGGGAAAAUGUCGAUUUUCACAUGAUAACAUCAGUAUUGCACGCUUUACAGGGCGUCCACAAAAAGUAUACCCAACUUCAAAGCCAGGAUACUACAAUUCUGAGCAUUUUUCUAAAAAUACAAAGGUAGCAGUAAAAGGCCUAUUUUGUUCCCCAUCCAAUGGUACCUAGAUCAUUAUGUAACUGUCAUGGAUGACUG